GGCGCCGCGUUUCCCUUCGGCGCGCGGCCUUUUCUUUCGCGUCGCUCGCGCCGUUGCGUGCGCGCUUUUGUUGCGGUUGUUGGGGCGCAGGGAGGCUGCCGCGCGCGGGAUGAGAGGGGUCGAGGCCGCCGUCGGUUUGGCGGGGGCCACAGCGCGCCCGCCAUUUUAAUCGGCACGGCUCAGCGCAAAGGCGGGUUUUGUCCGUCCCGUUUUCGCGCCGAUGUUGACGUGUAACCGUGAUCGUCGUUUGGUGACUGGGUGGUUUAAUUGUUAGUCGAGAUGGUAGAUGGGAGCGCAUGGUGCCGCGAAGCCGACGCUCGCUGCUAUUGGGCGCAGGCCCGCAUCUAGGCCAAAGCCUUUCUGUUUGCCUGGUUUUACUGCCGGUUAAGGGGGAGGUUGGUGAUAAUGUAAUCCAAGCCGCGGAGUUACAAAAAUAACAAGGAUACCAAGUGUUGAUCUCUACAAGGCGUGAGUGAACCUUUCAGCUGGCUCUUCAUCUGAACGGCACGGGCGCCAGAGAGAGGCUGACUGACACUCAGGAGAGCAUGUCUGCGAUACCAGCCGCGCCGCAGGGCGCUCAGCCUGCCACCGCAGCGGCCACCACCGCCAGCCAGAGUGCCAACCCGGCUCCCCCCGAGACAUCCAGCCCUGUCAAGCCAGGCCGGCUCACCAAUCAGCUGCAGUACCUGCAGAAGGUGGUCAUGAAGGCCUUGUGGAAGCAUCAGUUUGCCUGGCCCUUCCAUCAUCCCGUCGAUGCUGCCAAGCUCAACCUGCCGGAUUACUACAACAUUAUCAAGAACCCGAUGGACAUGGGAACCAUCAAGAAGAGACUGGAGUCAAACUUUUACUUCACAGCUGUGGAGUGCAUCCAGGACUUCAGCACCAUGUUUACAAACUGCUACAUCUACAAUCGGCCCAACGACGACAUUGUGCUCAUGGCGCAGACGCUGGAGAAGUUCUUCCUGCAGAAGGUGGCCGAGAUGCCUGUGGAGGAGAUAGAGCUGGCGCAGCCCGUGCCACGUGGGCCCAGAGGCCGGGGUCGCAAGUCGACAGCCGCCAUGUCGCCGGGCGGGCUAGGCCAGCAGCAGGCGGUGCCGGCGGGCGGAGUGGCGGGGACGCGGUUGCCGGGCCAGACAACGCCCCAGCGGCCUCCCAGGGCAGCCGCACUGGCGGCAGCGGCAGCCAGCGCUCAGCAAGUCUCCAACGCAGACUCGCCCCCGUCUGGAUACUCUCCCCCUCAUGUGGUGCAGCGCUCGACGCCGGCCCGUCCCGUCGCUCCCCCCACCCCCGCCAUCCCACCGGCCGCCACCCCGCCGCGCCAGCCCGCCCCUCCGCGGCAGCCGGCACCUCCGCGGCAGCCGGCCACGCCGCGGCAAGCGAUCGCCCCGCCGCUGGCCCCCCCUCCUCCUCGGCAGGUCGCGCCCCCUCCUCGGCAGCCCGCGCCGCUGAGGCCGGCCACGCCGCCGCGGCAGCAGGUGCCCCCAAGGCAACCGGCGCCGCUGCGCCAGCCCGCCCCGAGUGUGGCCCGUCAACCGGCGCCGCCGAGGCAACCGGGCCCGCCAAGGCAGGCUGCGCCGAUCCGGCAAGCUGCGCCGAUCCGGCAGCCUGCUCCGGGACCCCGGCAACCUGUGCCGCCCCGACAAGGCGUCCCACCAAUAAGGCAUCCAGCCCCGCUGAUACAGACUCAUCCUAACUUCCAGCCUGUACAGCAGCAGCACCAGCCGGCCGGACCGAGGGGCCCCAGUGUGCCUGCCGGCGUGGGCAGCGCCGUGGUGGCGAGCGCCGUGUCCAGUCAGCCGGCCUCGCAGACGCAGCUCAUGUCGCAGCCCAUGGUGUCGCUCACGCCGCUCAAUAUCCAAGCCUUGCCGCAGCCGGUGCCGUCUGUCGCCACACCGCCAGCGUCCAAGGCGCAGCGCAAAGGCGUCAAGAGGAAAGCAGACACCACCACGCCGGUGCCCUUGGCGCUGGCAGACAGCGAAGAGCCCACGCCGCCCAGGGUGCUGGCGCGACGCGAGAGUGCGCGCCCCGCCAAGAUGCUGCACAAAGACCUCCCCGACUCGCAACAGGUGCAGGCGGCUGCUGCUGCUGCUGCUGCUGCUCCCCAGCAGGUGGUUGCGGUGCAGCAGCAGCAGCAGCAGCAGGCGGCUUCCACGAAAACCAUGACAAUGACCACCACCACCACCACGCCAACAGCGACGGUGGCCACCGUCACCAACGCGACGCCGCAGCAGACGCCGCAGCAGCCGGGGCACGGCAGACGCGUGCGGCAGAUGUCGGAACAGCUCAAGCACUGCAGCUCCAUCAUCAAGGAAAUGCUUGCGAAGAAGCAUGCGGCAUACGCGUGGCCCUUUUACAAGCCGGUCGACGCUGAGUCCCUCGGCCUUCACGACUACCACGACAUUAUCAAGCACCCCAUGGACCUGAGCACCAUUAAGGUGAAGCUGGACAAUCGGGAAUAUGCCGCGGCCCACGAAUUUGCAGACGACAUGAGGCUCAUGUUCUCCAACUGCUACAAGUACAACCCCCCUGACCACGAGGUGGUGGCUAUGGCGCGCAAGCUGCAGGACGUGUUUGAGAUGCGCUUCGCUAAGAUGCCCGAUGAGCCGGUGGUGGUCGCCCAGCCUCCUCCUCCUGCUGCUCCUGCUCCUGCUGCUGCUCCUGCUGCUGCUCCUGCUGCUGCUCCUGCUGCUGCCCCUGCUGCCGCUCCUGCUGCUCCUGCUCCUGUGGCACCCGCCGCCGCCGCGACUGCCGCCCCCACGGCCGCCCCUCCGCCGCCUGCCCCCGAGGUCGUGGUGCCCUCGUCCAGCGAGAGCAGCAGCCCCAGCACCUCGGAGAGCGACAGCUCGGACGAGUCUGAGAAGGAGAGAGCCAAUCGGCUCGCCGAGCUGCAGGAGCAGCUGAAGGCACUGCACGAGCAGCUGGCCUCGCUGUCCCAGGCGCCCAUCUCCAAGCCCAAGAAGAAGAAGGAGAAGAAAGAGAAGAAGAAGAAAGAGAAGGAUCGCGAGCGCACGGAGAAACCCCGCAGGAAGGAGGAGGGCGCUGAAGAGGACGACAAGAAGCUUAAGCUGCAGAAGAACAAGCCCCUGGGUCAGCCGAAGAAGCCAGCGGCAAAGCCCAACAGCAACAGUGGCAAGCCUCCAAAGAAGCUCAAGUCUGGCGCUCUGCAGUUUGAAUCCGAGGAGGAGGCGCCCCUGAGCGAAGAUGCCGGCGGUGUUGGCGUCGGCAGCGGCGUCAUCAGCGGCGGCGUCAUCGGCGCCGUCGCCGCCAUUGGCGCCGGCGGCGUGGAGGACUCGCAGCCCAUGACCUACGACGAGAAGCGGCAGCUGAGCCUGGACAUCAACAAGCUGCCGGGCGACAAGCUGGGCCGCGUGGUGCACAUCAUCCAGGCGCGCGAGCCCUCGCUGCGCGAGUCCAACCCGGACGAGAUCGAGAUCGACUUCGAGACGCUCAAGCCGUCGACGCUGCGCGAGCUCGAGCGAUACGUCGUGUCGUGCCUGCGCAAGAAGCAGCCCAAGCCCUUCUCAAAAAAACGUAAGCGGAGAGAUUCCGAUGACAAGAAGGAUGCAGACAAGCGGUUACUGGACCCGAGUGGGCACUUCAUGAAAAAACCCCAAAAAGAGCGGAGGGACCCCAGCGCGGAGGGAGUCGGCGCCCCUCGGCUCAGCGGCAGCUCGAGCAGCUCGUCGGGCUCAGAGAGCAGCAGCGAGAGCACCAGCUCUUCGGAGAGCGACUCCGAGACAGGUCACUGCGACGGCCUCACUCGCAGCGGAAUGACGUUUCUCCUCCGAGAAAUGACUGCCAAGGUAAUGCCGGCCAUACAGGCAGGUGGCGUCGACCUGGAUAUGAUGCAGGUGAACCACAUGGCCGAUUUGAAGGCGUGCGAUCCAUCUCCCGAGGCGGGUCCCCAGAUGCAGUCGCUGCUGCCCAACGUGUGCUGCCUGGAGGGGCUGUCCAGCUUCAGCAAGUCGGUCAUCCAGCAGCCGCUGCCAUCGCCGCUCGCUGACGCCAUGCCCUCGGGUUUUCCUGGGGUGCUGUCACACCAGCCGGAGGCCGAUGCUCCGAUGACCAUGAAGCAACAUCUGCAGCAGCAACAGCAGCAGCAGCAGCAACAGCAGCAGCAACAACAGCAGCAGCAGCAGAAAGUAUAUGGGCAGUCGCUGCCACAACCUUCAGAACAGCAGCUCCUUUCACCGGGCAACAUCAUCCAGCCCACACAGCUUUUCCCGCACUCACUGUUGCAGCAGCAGCAGCAGCAGAUGCAGCAGCAGCAGCCUCCGCAAAUGCAGCCGCAGCAGCAGUUCAUGUUCCCCACCUUUGCUUCGUUGCCACAUCACCACAUGCAGAACUCUUCUCAGCAGCAGCAGCAGCAACAGCAGCAGCAGCAGGCGAGAGUGCAAGCGAUGAUGCAGGAGAUGUCAUUCCACGCUCAGAGCCACGCUCACCAUGGCUUCCACCAGUCCAUGCCGUCACCGCACCAGACCCCUCUGCAGUCGCCACCGCAGCAGAGAGCCCUGCCGCACCUGUCGCCGCAACAGCAGCAGCAGCAUGGAGUGGGUAGACCAUCAGCCCCGCACAGCACGCAGGUGCCAGCGCAUCAUCACAUGGGGCGGCCGCCUUCACCGCAGCAUCACAUGCUGCACUCUCUGCCUCCUCCUCCUUCGCAGCAGCAGCACCAUCACCAGCAGCAGCAACAGCACCACCACCAGCAGCAGCAGCACCUCCACGUGAUGCAUCGACCUCACCUGUCCCCGCAGCACGGCUCGCCGCCGGAACUCUCGCCACAGUACCCUUCCCCGCAGGCACAGCCACGCAUGCAGCAGUCGCCGAUUUCACAGCAGCAGCAGCAGUCACGCGUCACCCCCUCGCCACAGCAGCAGCAACAGCUUCAGCAUCAAAACGCCGUUGUGCAGCAACAGCGAGGGCAGCUGCAGCAGCAACAGCAGCAGCAGCCGCCACAGAACGUUUACUCGCGCAUGCAGCAGCAGUCGCCUCAGCAGCAACAGCAGCAGGGGCGGCCCAUGCAGCAGCAGCAGCAGCAGAGCGGUCGAACUCCUGCACAGUACCAGCUGCCGCCACAAGCAGCUGCUCAGCACCUGCAUGGGAUGGCUGGGCGAGGGGUCGGUGUUAAACCGCCGCCUCAACAGCAGCAGCCUCAGCAGCAGCAUCAGCAGCACCCUUCACCGAUGUCGCCUCCUCAGCCUUCGCCACCAGCCUGGGCUCAGCGCUCUCCACAGCAGAGGUCGCAGCAGCAACAGCAGCAGCAGCACCAGCAAAUACCACCUUCCCCGCAGCAACAGCAGCAGCAGCAGCAUUUCCAGCAGCCGCCGGUGUCGUCAGCGCUGCGUUCGGUGCAGUCGCCGCCACCUCCGCCGCAGCCGGUGUCGGCGGCCGCGCAGUUUGCUGCUCCUGGUCAGAGGCAGCUCCUCCACCAGCCCAGGGCGCAGCAGGUCAUCCAGCACCACCAGACGGGGCCGCACCAGCCGCAGACUGCCAGCAAGCCAGCCCACCCGGUGUCCGUGGCUGGCCACCCCUCGCCACAGGCGCAGUCCCCGCUGUCCCAGCCGCACCAGGUGCGCGCCAGCCCCGGCGGGCAACGCAUGAUGCCCCCGGGGGGCCUCCGCGCCGGCGGGCCCGAGCCGCUGGGCGCCCCGCGCGCCGCCUACCUGGGCGAGGAGGAGCGGCGCUCGCCGGCGCUCCGCUCCGACGCGCCGGCCGCCCACCUGCCACAGAUGCACCCCGGCGGCACGGACAGGGGCGAAGGCCACAAGCCGCCCGGCAUGCACAAGCCCGAGCGAGAGCUGCAGGAGCGGGGACCCGUUGCCAGCAUGCCCCCUGGACAGCCGCCCCCCCAGGCCCUCAACCUGAACCGGCCCAAACAGCAGGACCCCAAAAUCUCCGUUGCUCCAAAAAAGCGAGGAGCGCCGUCCUGCCCACAACAGGACCUGCGCAUCAAGAACAUGGGCUCCUGGGCCAGCCUGGGCAAGGCGCCGGCAUCGUCGGGCAGCGGCGGCGCCAAGACCAGCAGCGACAGCUUCGAGCAGUUCCGGCGUGCGGCGCGGGAGAAGGAGGAGCGCGAGCGUGCUCUCAAGCUGCUGGAGGAGCAACGGCGCAUGCAGAUGGUGCAGGCGGAGCGCGAGCGGAUGCGCCUCGAGCAGGAGCGGCAGAGGGAGCGCGACGAGGAGGAGGCGCUCGAGCGGGCGCAGCGUGCGCAGGAGGAGGCGCUGCUUCGGAGGCAGCACGAGGAGCAGGUGGCGGCGCAGGCGGCGCAGGCGGCGCAGGAGAUGGUGGCCCGCGAGCAGGCGGCGCAGCAGUCGGCGCAGGCCGCGCGCGACCGCGAGCUGGCGCGCAAGCGGGAGCAGGAGCGCCGGCGGAGAGAAGCGCUCACCGGGACCAUUGAUAUGAACCUUCAGAGUGACAUCAUGGCCAGCUUUGAAGAGAACCUCUUUUGAAGGAGCCCUUGCUGAACUGCUACAGAGUUAUACGACAGACUACAAUUAUUUUUUACUAUUGGGUGCGCCGUGUUGACCUCGUGUAAACAGGAAAGGGGGGUCGUUUAACGGUCUGCAAUUUCCUAAACACAACAAAAUAAACUUAAGUGCUCGCGAGGACUCUGUUUGACCGUGCCAGGACAACAAGGUGAUUUUAACGUCCCCGACCCACCUCCCCUCUCACCCGCUGUCCGGUGUCCAGUCAUCGUUUAGCUUCGUCACUUAGGUUUAUGCUUCCACAUCGUAGCGGAGUUAACGUUUGUUGGGCUUUUUGUUUCGGACGUGCGAGCACGUUGCGCGAAUGACACUUGUAAAUAUAUACGAAACGGCCGCGCUAACCACACGGAGGGUCGGUCAUGGGCCCCCCCCCGCCAGCUGGCGAUCGCCGGCGUUGUUCGGCCAGUGGAAUCGUCGCCGCGGUGGUGGAAAUGAAGCGUUCUUCGCGUGUACAUUUGUGAACUUGCCUCGGGAGGGGUCUGAUGGCGUGAAUGUUUUACAGUACAAGUGCUAUUUUACACGAUAGCUGUAGGGUAGAAGAUUUGUGUAUCCGUAAUUUCAUUUGAUGACAGUUUAUUUAUACAUUUCCUUUCAGACCAGGUUAACAAAUCUGUAAGCUUGCGUGACGGAUGCAUACUUAACGAUUUGAACUUUACCUAUCCGAGCUGCAUUUUGAUUAAAAAAAACCGGGAUGACUUGCAUUAAUGUAAAUCUCACUUGGUGGGCCACUGACAGUAAAGGAAUACACAACACCGUUGCUGUAUUGUCAACACGAACAGGUGUUUAUGGUGAGAGGACAAUUGCAUCCACCUGUUGGUAAUAGAUAGACUAUAUUAGUCGCGGAGGGAAAAGCUAUUCACUCAUCCCCGUCCACCUUUUACACGGUAUGGAAGAAAGAAAGCGCGGAAGGUUCACAGUUUUUUUUGUUUUUGUUCGCCGAGGAAGGAAAGGAACUGACGGGGGACGGCUUGUUACUUUGCGGUGUUUGAAAGCAUCGGAGCGGUUGCUGUCCACUGCAGCAGGGUGCUGAAUCCUGCACAUGUGAAUUUGUGGCAAACACUAUUGUAGAGUGACUGUGCCUGCCGGGUGGGUGGGUGGGUGAGCGGCAGAAGAAGACUAAGAAGAAACGGUGGUGGUGGCGGCGGUGGCGGCGGCGGCGGCGGUAGCGCGAACACAACACAAGGCAUAGAAAAUCCGUCAGCAUUGCAUCACUGUGUAUAUCAUGUAGUACAAAACGUUGCCUUCGGCUUAGCUUGUCAUUUUAUCCGUGUAGGUUGGGUCACCGAGGGCUGGGAUUGUGUGUGUGUGUGCGCGCGCGUGCACACGCGCGCGUGCCCUGUUGUGAAAGCGCGCGUGCGCGGUAGCUUAUGCACAAGGGUCGUGUGCAUUCACGCAUUUGUACAUGUAAAUAUACGCUUAGUUUCUGAGAUUAAUGUUGCGUUGUAUUGAGAUUAUAGGGAAAACAAAUAUCUACGAAAAACGAAAUGGGGUGGGGGGGGGGGGUGCGCAGCGAUGGGCUCUACUCAAGGACACUGAGUUUUUAUUUUCCCCGCACUCGCCGAGUUUCAACGUUGAACUUGUGCUGUCUCGCAGCGUCUCUGUUAACCCUCCUUCCUGAUGUGCCAUUGGCUGUCGACGCUGCGUUGCGGACACGCUUAUGCCGUCGCAAUCCCAGCCUGGUUCAAAGCAAGACGAGAACACAAGUGACAUUAUGCUAGAGAAAUGGGAUACAAAAAAAAUACAAGAAAAGUAUUUUUUUUUAUUUCGGGGGGUGAAAUUAUUUCCAUCGUUAUCGACUAAACUGCCAUUUUGUGUAUAUUUUGUGUUCAACCUUGGAAUUUCCCAGGCAUGUAAUGCAUUUUUAAAAAAAAAUCUUGCUAGUGGCUUAUAUUGUUUUAAAAAAAAAUCAUUUUUUUGCCCCCUUUCCAUUUUUGUUUUUUUUAUAUAGAAUUACAGAAGACGACUGGCUUUCCAGUAAAUUGUACGUGCAAGUGUAUAUAUGUUUAUGUAUUUACAAAGGGAAUGUUUUACAAUUUGGCUGUGUUUUACUUGUGCCAGGGGGAAGCAGUCCAGGCCUCCGAGAACAGGAGGCAGGCGGGCUCCCCUGCUUGUCGGUUCGUAUUUAAUGUCGGUGCGUUAAGGUGUUGGCUACGUGGCACAGCGAUUGUGGUGUUAAAUCUCAGUUACUGUUCAUGACUGGUUUCUCUGCCGGAAGUCCGAGAAGGAAAAUUGAUUUCGUGUAUUUUUUUUUGUUUCUCUCUCUCGCUCACAGUUUUAAGAUUUUAAAUGAUAUAAUUUUCUUUGCUGUACGUUUUUGUGUUUUUAUUUCCUUACACGUUUUUUGUUUGUUUUGUUUAUAUAAUGUUAUCAUUCAUUUACCACUGGGUCUUAACCAAAGACGUUUUUUUCGAUUUUUUCUUUUUUAAAUAAUUCCCAUUAAUGGCUUGGUGAGAGAGCGUCCGUCGGUGAGGCGUCGAGUGUUAAGCGACGUAGCUAGUGUCCUCUGCAUAUCGCGACGGGCCGAGCAGCAGCGCCGUGGAAGGGGGUGCGCGUUGCUCCAUGGCCCUCGAUUCACGGCCUUCCGAGCACCACGGGCACAGCGGCCAGAAGAAAUACGUGAACACCCCCCCCCCCCGUUCCAGUGUUUGUAAGCUCGUCUCCCCCCCACAAAAUGGUAUUUAUUUAAUCGGGGGCUUAAUUUUUUGCCGGGUUUAUCCCGCGUCGGCAACCCGGAAUAUGUUAUAUUCCCGCACGCCAGCCGGUGCACCACAUCCAGUAUACCUCGUCGCUACGGCUUUGGCUACUGUAGUCGCGUGCCACCUCUCCAGUCUAUUGCGAGCGAGCCCUGGGGGCGCGGGGAUGGGGGGGUUGUCCCGUGAGAAGUUGAGCCAUCUGCGUCUCGCAAAGCAGCGGCGGCUCCAGCCAAGCACAGUCCUCUUCCGCGUCUCGCCACGACCACUGCGCGUCCGCCCCUACUUGAUAUAACGGAAUCCAGCCUCUCGAGACGCGCGCAUCGCAUUGUUGUAGUUUGCCUGUCACUGGCUUUUGCGCAAUUCGCGUGGCGGCAAUCAGUUUGGCGGAGCGACGGGCUGUCCUUUGCACGUGAUGACUGACAGGGGAUGUGCGAGACUGCUGCUGCUGCUGCGUGUGUUUCGUCUCUACAAUGAGAGAGGGAAGACAUGCCCGCGCGAAAAAACAAACGAUUAAACUGAUCCCCCCUCCUCCCGGACCGCCACUACCAAAUAGUCGGAAGUCGCCAGCAGUGUUUGAAUUCGCAGAGUAUAUUUUCUACGUUUAAAAAAAAAACUUGCAUGCGACGGCGCACAGAAAUCUACGCCAAUAGGGGGGCGGGGGGGCGGAAGGUGGGGUGUGCAUGUCUCCAUUAAACAAGUCUGUUUUCUACUCCCAAGCGAUUGCAAGAGGAGGCAGUGACGUGCAAUGGCGAAAUGGGCGAAUUGAUUGGAAUGUCUGGCCAGCAACGAACGCGUCAACAACUCUGUGGCUUUUAUGAGUCCCACGCCUGUGAUUUCCCGACAGGUGAUGUGACCAGGUCUGUGCGGACACAUUUGAACUCGUCGGGUGCUUAACUCGGUUAGGGUUCUUAUCUUGUGGAUAUGAUCCCAACCGCCGGCUGAAGUGCUCAAAGAAAUAAAACACGAGUCCCUCGGAACUGACUUGGCACAACGAUUCAGCCUGUCCACGAGACGGCGUCGUCUGUACGAGAUGUGUAGUGAUGGGACUUUAUUACAUCCCCCCCACCCCGUUAGCGAUGUGCAGGAGACCCAAAUGCCUGCCUUUUGGAAGCGCUCAUUUCAAGAGAAUGCCCUUCAGGCAUCUGCCCCGUCCUGAUAAAAGAUUGUCCCUAUAAACCAAAACUAACAUUUGACCCGCAUGCACGUUGGUAUACAAGAAAAUACUGUUAUACAUCUGAGUUCAGUAUAUAUAUGCGGGUAUGUUACAGCAACAAAUGCUUAAUUUAAAAUGCAGUAGAAGAUGCGUUAUUAUUUCUGUGUUUAACCGCUAAACCUUUGUUAUGUUAAGUAUUUAAUAUCAGUGUAACGUUAAUAUAAAACAAACAAAAAAAGCCAUAAUUUAAAUAUUCCUUCAAAGUUCACGCGCGAGUUGUAGUUCUAUGGUCGGCAUUGCCCGUCACUGGAUUCGGCAGUAUUGUAUCCAGCUAAGGGAGGGGGAGGAGGGGAAGCAUCAUUGUCAAUUGGCUCUUGUGGAAACUUGCUGCAAGGGGGGAAAUGCGUGUAAAGUAUAUUCAACAAAUCACACACGCUCACCAGCAACACGUGCGUAGGUUAUUCUCGUAAACCUGCUGAGUGUACGGAGAAAGUAUGCCUUUUAAUGGCUUGGUGCCGGCUAUUUAAGACUAUAAGUAUAUGUACGUACAGUAUAUAUAAUUAUGGGUAUUGCGGAGGGGUUGGGGCGGGCCGCGUGUUGGUCACGUGUAGGAAAAAAAAUCAGCUGCUGCUUUGUAAAUUGGCGUCACUUUUAUAAUACGUUAUUCUCAUCAUCCGUCAUGAUCGAUCCACUGCUGGAUGGAGGCGCCCCCAAGUCGUUUUUCUAAGUCGCAAACACAGGUACACCCACGUUUUCGCAGCUGCAUUGCGUUUAUGAAGCACACGGCAGAGGACUUUAAGAACUGUUCCCAAAUAAAAGCAAGAGAAACCAUUUCGCCCAUCACUGAAUUAAUGGUCAUGGUCUAACAAAAAAACCCCAAUACGGCCACGUGCAGCUUUUUGUGUGUGUGUGGGUGGGUGCGGACGUGCGGGCGGGGGGGGGGGUUGCUGGUCUGGACAAGGCUGAGAUCAUUGUACAAGCAAUGUGGCAGGUCACAUGGCAACGCAAGGUGUGAUGGGAGUUGUGCCUUCCUGCUGUUCGCACAGCUUUGCGUGUGUUCAGUCUCGUCGUGCGCUGCCGGGGCGCACAGCCGGGCAUGCAUCCCCCCACCCCCGGUUCUGAUGGUGGGGUGGGCUUCUCAUCAUUUACACUGUCGUUGGAUUUGCAGCGCCACAAAUAAGUUCACUAAUCCGGCCAUUCUACCGUCCAUCCAUCCGCGGCGAGCAUUUACAAAGACAGCAGCCCUUUAUAUAUUAUGUACUGUGUAUGUAAGUGCUGGCUGUGCGCGGCCUGCCAAAGUGAUUUAAUGAUUAUUAUUUUAACUAAACAAAAAUUAUUGUUGUUGGUGUUGCUGUAUUGGCAGAUAAACGAGGAUGUUUCGUUCACCUUGUUUCACGUUAUUAAUCGCCCAAGCGAGUGCUGCCAACGUAGCAGCAGGUGCAAUGAGUACGCGCACACACACUCGCACACACGCGCACACACACCGACGGUAUGUUAAAAACGUUAGCUGCCCGCGACUGGCACUAACUCAUCAAUGACGCACGCUCACGAAGCCCAAUUAUCUCACCGAUUAAUUUAUUAUUCCUCCUUUCAUCGGACACACUUGUUUUAAAUUAUAGGAUAACAAUAUAUAUGCUAACGUGAACAUAGACGGGACUUUGUAAUUUAUACUCCUUUUGGAGAGGUCCUGGUUACUGCUUAGUAAGAAAGCGGCGGCUCCGUUCAGUCUCACGGGAAUGUUAAGGGGCGCACGUGAUGCGAAUGCCGUGUGCGAAACUCUCCCUCGCCACUGCCUUCAUUGUCCACAAUGUUACCGAUGGCCGUGGCUUUUCAUCAUCAUCAUCACCACCACCAUUAUCAGCACCACCGCCACCAUCAGCAGCCGUGAUAAUCCCACUGCUGGAUGGAGGCAUCGCGAUCCUGCGACACGUGGACUGUUUGCGUCGCUUGAUCGUGAAAAAAAGAGAUGGAUUAUUUUUUAAUGGUUUGGUAAAACCGUUUCCCCCUGUUUUUAAGAUUUGAAUCAAGCCACUUGCUUUUACGCCUCCCCUUGCCCGUUAAUAAUUUUUUGACUAUAGAAUGUGUCAGUAUAUUAUUGUAUAGUCAUCAUCGUCGUCAUUAUCAUCUUUGCGUUGACGUGCAGUACGUUGUAGUUGGUAUUCUAGGUGAUUUUAAUUCCCGUAACUCUUUCCCUCCCGUUUUCUUUUUGACUUGGCAUAUUCACAGUUGUGCUGGGGCCUGUGGUUUUUUUUCUUUUUGUUUGACAAAUUCAUACGACACGGUUUCGUUAUUUUGUUUCGCAUCGGGUUUACGCAAUCGCUCCCCUCCCUCUCCGCCUCCCCCUUUCUGUAAAUCGUACAUACAAUGGAGUUGGUAAAACGAAAAUAUACGUAUUCAUCCACUGAG